GAAAGAGGCCGGGAGGGGGCUGGGUUGGGGGGCAGUGCGGAGGUCGCCGCUCGGAGGCGGCGGGGCUGCGCCUCCCCAACCAUCUCCCACUUCAAGGAGGGCGGCCUGCCGAUGGGAGGACUUGCUCAGGUGGAAUUCAGUGGACGACGCCGAGGCCCGAAGUAGGGGACAUCCAGCAUUUCCCUCUUUCCCUGCUGGCUUGGCCUCCGCCAUUUUGUGUACAGUGGCGCGGCCACCUCGGCUUCCCGCCCUUCCCCGCUCUUCGUAGUUUGUUCCCCAGCUUCCGAAAACUGAUCUAGAAGGCCAGGGGAGGGGGUGGUCAAACCUCUCUGGAAGGGAUGAGGGUGGGGAGUGAAGCGAGCAGGGAAAGGCCGGGCAGUUGGGUGGAGGGAGGAUCGGGGCUGCCGGGCGCGCUCCCGAUGGAAAUGGCGCCGGAUGGGCCUGGCCUCCCACCGCGGCCUCCCUUCCUCCGCAGUCUCGGCAGGGCUACCUGGGCUGACGGGACUGCGAGUGACUUCUGACGCAGAUUCCCAAGAUGAGAGAGGCUGGAGCUGGGGGAGGAAAGCCAAUGGCGACGAAGGUGCUCGACUCCCAAAUCCAGGACAAAGGAGGCCGCCUGCCUCCUUUGUAAUUCCGCCGCCCAGUGGCGAAGGGUUUUAAGCCAGGCUUGGCUGCUGGCGGGAGGGGGAAGGGGCGUACUCUCCCUAGCUCUUUGGUCUCUAGGGCAGCUAGAUAAACGGAAAGUCUCCGGGGAGGAAUAAAGGACGCUUAGCCGGCCCUUAUAUUCCAGAUUUGGAACUUCGAAAAGACAUUUAAAUCAAACGGUAUUGAGAUGGAUUGGGUUAUGAAACAUAAUGGUCCAAAUGACGCUAGUGAUGGGACAGUACGACUUCGUGGACUACCAUUUGGUUGCAGCAAAGAGGAAAUAGUUCAGUUCUUUCAAGGUAUAUUGAGAUCUUCAGAAGUAGCAGGAGUGAAAUCAAAGGAUUUUAUGAUCCACCAAGAAGAUUGCUGGGACAGCGACCGGGACCAUAUGAUAGACCAAUAGGAGGAAGAGGGGGUUAUUAUGGAGCUGGGCGUGGAAGUAUGUAUGACAGAAUGCGACGAGGAGGUGAUGGAUAUGAUGGUGGUUAUGGAGGUUUUGAUGACUAUGGUGGCUAUAAUAAUUACGGCUAUGGGAAUGAUGGCUUUGAUGACAGAAUGAGAGAUGGAAGAGGUAUGGGAGGACAUGGCUAUGGCGGAGCCGGUGAUGCAAGUUCAGGUUUUCAUGGUGGUCAUUUCGUACAUAUGAGAGGGUUGCCUUUUCGUGCAACUGAAAAUGACAUUGCUAAUUUCUUCUCACCAUUAAAUCCAAUACGAGUUCAUAUUGAUAUUGGAGCUGAUGGCAGAGCCACAGGAGAAGCAGAUGUAGAGUUUGUGACACAUGAAGAUGCAGUGGCUGCCAUGUCUAAAGAUAAGAAUAACAUGCAGCAUCGAUACAUUGAACUCUUCUUGAAUUCUACUCCUGGAGGUGGCUCUGGCAUGGGAGGUUCUGGAAUGGGAGGCUAUGGAAGAGAUGGAAUGGAUAAUCAGGGAGGUUAUGGAUCAGUUGGAAGAAUGGGAAUGGGGAACAAUUACAGUGGAGGAUAUGGUACUCCUGAUGGCUUGGGUGGUUAUGGCCGUGGUGGUGGAGGCAGUGGAGGUUACUAUGGACAAGGUGGCAUGAGUGGAGGUGGAUGGCGUGGGAUGUACUGAAAGCAUAACCACCAACAUACAAGUCUUGACAACAGCAUCUGGUCUACUAGACUUUCUUACAGAUUUAAUUUUUUUUGUAUUUUAAGAACUUUAUAAUGACUGAAGGAAUGUGUUUUCACAAUAUUAUUUGGUAAAGCAACAGAUUGUGAUGGGAAAAUCUGUUUUCUGUAGGUUUAUUUGUUGCAUACUUUGACUUAAAAAUAAAUUUUUAUAUUCAAACCACUGAUGUUGAUACUUUUUAUAUACUAGUUACUCCUAAAGAUGUGCUGCCUUCAUAAGAUUUGGGUUGAUGUAUUUUACUAUUAGUUCUACAAGAAGUAGUGUGGUGUAAUUUUAGAGGAUAAUGGUUCACCACUGCCUAAACUGCAAGUCUUAAGCAGACAUCUGGAAUAGAGCUUGACAAAAUAAUUAGUGUAACUUUUCUUUAAUUCCUCCUGGACAACACUGUAAAUAUAAAGCCUAAAGAUGAAGAGGCUUCAGGAGUAUACAUUCAGCUAAUUAUUUCUAUAUUAUUUUUUGACUGUCAUUUAUCAGGCAUAGCUCUGAAAUGUUGAUGAUCUAAGAGGUAUUGAUUUCUGAAUAUUCAUGAUUGUGUUACCUGGUUAUGGGAGUGUUGGAAGCUUGAAUUUUAGCCGUAGAUUUUGAAGUAAAAUCCCUUCAGCACUUGACCAGAAUACCAAAAAUAUCACCAAAUAAGUGAUAAUUGCAAGUUAUCUCCAGAGGUCUUAGAGUAGGGUUAACGUUCUCAGUGACACAAUUCAGUGUAAGUACUUGGCUAUUUACUAUGGAGUACAAUUCUCACAAAUGUAUUUUCAGUUUUCUCCCCAAUAGAACAUAUGGUUUUUAAAUAACUAUAUAAAUAAAUGAUGACUUUUUAAAAAAAUUUAAGCAACAAGUCCAUGUCAUAGUCAAUUAAAACAAUCUUGCAGUUGGGUUUUGUAUCUGAUACCUGCUUGAAGUUUUAAAGAAUUUAUGUAGCAAGGAAAAGGUGCUUUUUAAUUUUAAUCCCUUUGAUCAAUAUGGCUUUUUUCCAAAUUGGCUAAUGAAUCAAAAUGAAACCUGUCGAUGUAAAUUCAGUUAUUGAACUUGUUACUUGUUUUUGCCAGAAAUGUUAUUAAUGUAAUAAAUGUCAAUGUGGGAGAUAAUA